UUGCCCAUGGUACCGCCACCACUCCCACCACCACCAUUAACGUCUUUGCCCCCUCCUCCCCCAGAGAUACCACCUCCUUUGCCUCCAUCUCCACCACCUUUGCCUCAAGUUCCUCCUCCACCUAGUUCUCCACCUCCACCUCCACCCCCACCUGUUGCAGAAUCACUCCAAGUGGAAAGUUCAGGACAGUGUCCACAGUACCAGUGGCAAGGACAAUUAUGUAAAAGUGGGGUUCAUUAUUGCACAAUUUAUGCUCUGAGAGUUGAUUCAGAUGUUUUCAAGUAUUCCAAUGCCAUGUCCGAACCUACAGAAUGGCCAGCCAAAUUAGAUAUGACCAAACGGACAGACUUUCGGCAUGUGCAGUCGACAUUUACUAACACUCCACCGCAUAAAAGGGAAAUAUGCAGACUCUUCCCAUCUUCUCCCAACGACCAUAAAGGAUUUCAGGAUUUCAUAUCAUACUUGAAGCAGAGAGAAUGUGCCGGCGUGAUAAAGAUUCCAGCUUCGAAAUCGAUUUGGGCAAGGCUGCUCUUCAUCCUUCCUUACUCACUUGAUGUGUGCUCUAUGCUCUCAAUUCCACCUAGUACAACACCAGAUUGUCUCGUUGCUUUGCUUUUGCCCAAAGAAACAAAUUUUGAAUGGGUAUAAUACCGUGACAAAUUAAAAUUUGAGCGCGUUCUUGAGGCCUAAAUUUCUUGUUUUGUACUCUAGCGCAUUGCAAUUUUGACAGUCCGUUGUAAUACGCGGGCUUUUGUUUAGGUAUGGGCACAUAAGUGGUCAAGUGCUGAAUUUUGUUGUGUAUAUAUAUAAGGGUUAAUUUCAAUAAUAACACUCCUGAGAAAAUGAUUAUUAAUUUUA